AUGAGCGACCACCUACGACAAGGCGAGGACUUACGCCCCUCGCAACCAACAUUGUACAGGCUCAACUCGAACCAGAGCAUGUCAAGCAUUUUCGAGGAAGUAGAAAUGGCACAUGAAGAGUUGUACUCCGGGCCAGUUGCCGAAAGCUUACCUACGAGCGUAUCAGCCUUCUCGCACCGCAGACACAGAGCGAAUUCCACAACCAGCUUCACGUACCACGAAGAAGUGCCCAACGAAGAUGUAUACUCGGAAAACUCGAACGAACCUGGUCAGGAGAGCGAUCUAGAUCAAUACAGUCGGAGCCACAGCAUAGGCAGUGAUAUUGACGACGUGGACCUUGCAGUCGUUGAUGACGAAGACUCGGCUGACCAUCAGUACAUCAUUUCCGAUGACGAUUAUCUCUUGCGGCGACGCUCAUCCACGCACUCGCGGUUGUCAGUCCACGCCCACCUGCUUAGGAGGGACAGUACUGCCACUGGAGGGAGCGCUCGACAAUGCGGACGAACCAGCCAAAAAGUCUACAUGACUAACGAAGACCUCACCAUUGCAAUUGCAGGAUUCUCUACAAGCUAUUGGGGCUAUGCCUCAUACAUAUUCCUGUGCAUUGUGACUGGUGGCAUCGCUUUUCUUGUCCUGCGAUGGAUUCCUCGCUGGUAUGUCGCUGUUCUAGGUACAGCCACGGCCCUUCAAAGCUGCGACUGGGUAAUCAUUGAGAACCAAUGGGGUGAGCUUACAAUCCUCGAUGUCAAGUCGCAAGACUAUGGACGUCCUGUGUCCUCAGUAUUUGGCGCAUCUGAGAAGCUCCUUUCGUACGGCCUGGACGAUGAGAAUGACCCCCUACUUGAUGAUCUGCGAACACUCGAGUAUCGCUAUGUUCGAUUCUUUUAUCACCCAAUAAAGGAUAGGUUUAUCCUAUCUUCUGGAUGGAAGGAUCCCGAUUGGACUGACGUUCGGCUUGUACGAGCGGGACUAGACAGCGAUGAGAAGAUGAUGCGAGAGCAAAUUUUUGGCCCCAAUCUAAUUGACAUUGAGCAGAAGUCUGCCACUCAGCUUUUAGUUGAUGAAGUUCUACAUCCAUUUUAUAUUUUCCAGAUUGCUAGUCUAGCACUGUGGUCGAUGGACUCGUAUUACUACUACGCUGCAUGCAUCUUUGUCAUGUCAGUUGGAAGCAUAAUGACAACACUUCUGGAAACCAGGGCAACUAUGCGGAGACUGAGAGAGAUAUCUCGUUUCGAAUGCGAUGUUCGUGUGCUGCGGAAUGGAUUUUGGAAAUAUGUCACAUCGAGUGAUUUGGUACCCGGUGAUGUGUAUGAACUCAGCGAUCCGAAUUUAUCCCAAUUCCCUAGCGACAGCUUGCUUCUUAGUGGGGAUUGCAUUGUCAAUGAGAGCAUGCUCACAGGUAACGCCAAGUCUCACUGUCAUGUUAAACUCAAACUAAUGAUGGAAAAAGGCGAAUCCGUGCCUGUCUCGAAACUACCGGCUAUCGACCAGACUUUGCAUGAAAUGAAUCUUUCUGCGUCUUCUGUUUCACCCGAGACUGCGCGCCAUUUUCUGUAUUGCGGGACCAAGAUUAUACGCGCACGACGACCUCAAGAAGACCUAGACGGUGACGCUGUCGCACUCGCACUCGUUGUCCGAACAGGUUUCAAUACUACCAAAGGGGCACUUGUACGCUCAAUGCUUUUCCCAAAGCCAUCCGGCUUCAAAUUCUACCGCGACUCAUUCCGGUACAUCAGCGUAAUGGCGGGAAUUGCCUUGGUCGGCUUUAUAGCCUCUUUCGUCAAUUUCAUUCAUUUGAGAAUGGCAUGGCAUUUGAUUGUUGUUAGAGCGCUCGAUAUAAUAACAAUAGUUGUGCCACCAGCCCUUCCAGCGACGCUGACCAUUGGCACAAACUUUGCACUCUCUCGGCUGAAGGGAAAACAAAUUUUCUGUAUCAGCCCUCAGCGAGUCAACGUUGGUGGAAAGCUUGAUAUCAUGUGCUUUGACAAAACGGGAACUCUGACGGAAGACUGUCUCGACGUUCUUGGUUUACGAGUUGUCGCAGAAGAAACAGGGGCGUUCAGCGAGCUCUUGAGACAAUCUAGCUCCUUCGGUUCUAUGAGUGCACCAGAAUCGCGCCCUAGCCUGCUUCAGGCUGCUAUGUAUACCAUGGCAACAUGCCAUUCGUUGCGCUCCGUUGACGAGGCGCUUGUUGGUGAUCCACUCGAUCUGAAAAUGUUUGAAUUUACAAAUUGGUCGUUUGAGGAAGGGACACAAUCCACUGGAGACGGUGAAGACGACGAGAGCGGCCUCACACCAUCUACAGCCAAGCCACCAGAUGGUCAAUUGGAACUCGGAGUCCUUAAAUCUUUUGAAUUUCUCUCACAAUUACGACGAGCCAGCGUUGUUGUGCGUCAAUUUGGUAAGAAGAGUGGCGAUAUUUUCGUGAAGGGCGCACCGGAAGCAAUGCGCGAGAUCUGUGACCCAGAAAGCUUCCCUUGUAAUUAUGAAGAGCUUCUGUCGCAGUACACGCACAAGGGCUACCGUGUCAUUGGAUGUGCUACGCGUCACAUUAAAAAGCUAAGCUGGAUUAAAGUUCAGAAGAUGACUCGGGAAGAGGUAGAGAGUGGCCUGCGCUUCGUUUGUUUCAUUAUCUUCGAGAACAAACUGAAACCCAGCUCAGCUCCUGUGCUGAAAGAGCUAAUCGAUUCCAACAUCAGAGCAGUGAUGGUAACAGGCGACAACAUUUUGACAGCUAUCAGUGUUGCGAGAGAGGGCGGCAUGCUAGAGAAACAUGCGCACUGCUUUGUACCCCGGUUCGUCGAAGGGGACUUUCAAGACCCGACUGCUAGACUGCAGUGGGAAAGUAUUGAUGGCAGUGCACAUUCACUCGAUAGUUCAACCUUGCUGCCCCGGCCCAUGGUUCCCGUAGCCGAUCUCUCCCUCCCGUAUGAGAUAUCUAACUUUCGAAAUUACUCCUUAGCCGUCAGCGGGGAUGUUUUCCGGUGGAUCGUGGAUUAUGCGCACCCAAUUGUACUUCGUCGGAUGCUUGUACUCGGAAGCGUCUUUGCUCGAAUGUCACCAGAUGAAAAACACGAACUUGUUGAAAAAUUGCAAAGCAUUGACUAUUCCUGUGGGUUCUGUGGUGAUGGCGCAAAUGACUGUGGAGCUUUGAAGGCGGCAGAUGUUGGUAUAUCCUUGUCAGAAGCAGAAGCAUCAGUUGCAGCUCCGUUUACAUCCAGAGUAUUUGAUAUUCGUUGUGUGUUGGAAGUGAUUAGGGAGGGUCGCGCUGCUCUCGUCACCAGCUUCAGCUGCUUCAAGUACAUGAGCCUAUACUCAGCGAUACAGUUCACAUCCGUAAGCUUUCUCUACGCAAAAGCUUCUAAUCUCGGCGACUUUCAAUUCCUGUUUAUUGAUUUGCUCCUGAUUUUGCCUAUUGCUAUUUUCAUGGGCUGGGCAGGUCCGGCACGGAUACUGCAUGCAAAACGCCCCAUAUCCGACCUGGUGUCCCGAAAAGUGCUGACACCACUACUUGGCCUGAUGGCAAUCGGCAUUGCGGUGCAAGCCAUUGCAUACAUCACCGUCCGGGAGCAAACUUGGUAUCUCCCCCCGCUAGUCGGCCAUGAUGAAUCAGACAUCAAGAAUUCGGAAAAUACAGCGCUUUUCCUGACGUCUUGUUUCGAAUACGUGUUUUCCGGGGUGAUAUUGAAUGCAGGCCCUCCGUUUAGAGAAAGCACAGCUCGCAACUGGCCGUUCAUCGUCACAGUGUUUUUGUCACUCCUGGUAACACUACUCAUGGUACUUGGGCCCUCUAGAUGGCUUCAAAAGCUAAUGGAACUCACGAAAAUGCCCUGGGACUACAAAUUAUUUUUGGUAGGACUAGGAUGCGUGUAUCUGGGGGUUGCUUGGACAUUCGAGAAAUAUGCUGCCAGUCCACUGGCCAAGUUUCUCGGGCGAGCUAGCAUUGCUGCUACUGGGAAGGAAAAGCAGAGGAAGCAGUACAAACAGAUCCAGGAGGAAUUGCGUAUAAGCAUGCUGCAGUGA